AUGGUAAGUUUCAGUUCGUUUUGUUUUUGGUUUAAAUUUGGUAUUGAACUACUACAACAUGCUUUUUGUUACAAUGGGCCAAGAUUCUUUUUUCAUUUGUGGACUCUAGAAUUAAUUUUAACUUUUUAAUGUCAUUUUAGACGAAUCCUCGUCUAGACACGUCUCUAGACUUGAUGAGACGUCUGCCGCCGCAGAAAUGCAGCAAACAUGUUACGGAUGUUGUUUCACUUGCUCCGGAUCUCUGUAGCGACAUUCUGUCUAUGGUCGAUCAACCUUUACAGGUGGCCAAGGAUAAAGAAACUGGCCGCGAAUACUUGCUGUGUGAUUACAACCGUGAUAUGGACAGCUAUCGAUCUCCAUGGUCUAAUGCUUACGAUCCUCCACUGGAUGAAGCGAUUUAUCCUGGAGAGGAGCUGAGAAAGAUGGAAAUUGAAGCAAAUGCAUUGUUUCAAGCCUAUGUAGAUAUGUAAGUUUUUGUUUGUUUAGUUUUAUUAUAUUUUAGGUAAUGUAUUGAAAGGAUACGUGAGAGAAUAUUGUCAACUCUAUUUUUUGAUACAACUUUUUUACGUGUAGUUACAAACUAAAAGUCUUUAAAUAUUUUUGAAAAUUUAUGCUGUCGGCUAAUAUAAUACAAAAUUAUGAUAUUUUAAUGUUACAGUUGUUAUAAUAACUUUUUUUUAUAAUAAGUUAUUUUUAGGUAUUUUGAAGGUGGAGUUUCGAGUGUUUAUUUCUGGGAGGUUGAUCAAAGCAUUGCUGGCGUUUUCUUGAUCAAGAAAAAGAACGAAGGAUUAAAAGGUGUACAUGGAUGUUGGGAUUCCAUUCAUGUUAUCGAGUACAAAGUCAGUUUGAGAUUAAGAACUUUAAAUAGCUUUUUUCGGCCACAAGUUUCAGUUUUUUGCUUAUGUUGUGGUCUUGAAAGGCAAAAAAAUAUAGUUUCUUGAAAUAAUAUAAUUCCUGUUGUUUUAGCCUCAAAAGCACGUCAAGUACAAGCUGACGAGCACCGUCAUCUUGUGGCUUCAGACCGAAAACGACGGUGUGGGAGAGAUGAGUGUGGGCGGUUCGAUGACACGCCAGAAUGAGAGCGAUGUUGUCGUGGAUGACCAAAACUCGCAUUUGGCUAAUAUUGGACGCUUGAUCGAGGACAACGAGAACAAGAUGCGAUCUCUUCUAAAUGACAUUUAUUUUGGCAAAACUCGUGAGGUCGUGGGCUCGCUACGCACUAUCGAUUCGGCGACAGAGCUGGGAUUGAAGGAGAAGCUUGCCGAAGAAUUGAGAGAUGCGAUCCAGAACAACAGCUCUAAAGUCUAAGCGCCUUUUUGUGUACUUCUGCCUGUAAUUUGUCUUAGCUUUCACAUAGCCUAAUUUUAUAACUUGAUCUGUAUUUAAGGACUAAGCUCGUAUAAUAAAUAAUUGCCAAUGAAGUUUAAAGAGUUGUGGAUUCGCGUGAUUAACCGUUUGUUUGCGGAGUGAUAUCUGAACAACGCGGAGUGAUACUUUAAUACUUUUAAGAGUUUGUGAAUGUUUUACGUAAUCUCUACUAUUAUUUACAGAAUUCUAUUUUGAAAAUGUCCGCCUGGAGAGCUGCUGGUCUCACUUACCUCCGCUACAGUCAAGUCGCCGCUUCAGUGGUGAGAAAGUGCGUUAAGCCACCACAAACUGGACGUGCUCCAGCCCCGCCAGCCGAGGCCACGUUGAAGCUAACAUUCUGGGAGAACGGCAAACCAAAAACUGCGGCUUAA